AUGUCUGUUCAUCCACAAUGGAUGAUCCUUCAGAACUGCUCCAGUUAUUCAAAGAGAAAUAAGCAGAUGUAUAGCUCCAGACCCAAUAAUUUGAAGGCCCAUAAUUCCUUGCAGCUGAUUUACCUCAAGACUCUGGGGCCUGUGGCUCAUGGCGAAAGGAUCAUCAUGAUCAUGAAACAAAGAUUCAGUACUCAAAACCCAGCCAGUUCUUACAUGAGGACCACCAUUAACAAGAAUAUACUGACCACCCUCUGCAGCAUCAGGCACAUGAUCUGCAAAAGCAAGUCCCAUCCUGAUAUGAGCACGGCAGCAAUCUGA